GGGCGUGUCUUCCAUCGCUCCCCAAGGCCCCAGCCCCCAGGUACCCUUCGCUCCCCUUCCUCGUAUGCUGUGAGCGUCGUGGGGUCGUGGGGAGGAAGACGAUUUCGAGGGAGAGAGGCAAAGGGGAGCUCGCCCGCUCCAGGCACCCAUUCCUCUCGAACCCGACAUCUCUCUUGUUGUUUCGAGGUGCUGGAGCUCCCCCGCUUUCCACAAAAUCUGUGGAGAUUAUUCGAAACCAUCUCGUCGCUCACGAACGCGUCAGAGGUUUUGCAGAAACGGAGCGCGUGCGGCGUUCGUCGGCAACGUUGGCGUCCAUGGAGAGCACCGCGGGUCCGAGGAAGAGGCAGAAGGCCGCCUCGGCCUCUGGAUCCGUGGCCCCGUACUUGCCCCAGGAGCUCGUACGGAACAUCCUCCUCCGCCUGCCUUCCAGGUCCGUCCUCCGCUUCCGCGCCGUUUGCAAGGACUGGCUCCGGAUCGUCUCCGACCGCGAGUUCGCGGCCGACCACAACCGCCACCAGCCGGCGAUGCCCCUCGUCUCCUUCCUCCGCAGCGCCGCCGGUAGCAAGAGGGGGCAGACGGACUGCUGCGUCGACGCAUUUGACCUCAGCGCCGACAGUUUCCGGUCCGUCGUCCGGUUCGCCGACAAGGGGACGCGGUGCAGCAGCUUCGACAUCCACGGCUCCUGCGACGGUCUCCUCCUUCUCAGCUUCGAUGCCCGCUUCUACGUUUGCAACCCGGCAACGCACCAGUGGACGCGCCUCCCGGCGCCCCUCCGCGCCUCGUGGCUCGCCGGCUUCUACCGCCACGAGCCCACCGGAGAGUACCGGGCCUUGUUCUACCGGGGCCAGUGGCCCGGGACGGACUACUACAUCAUGGUGGCGGACUCCAGGAAAGGGAGGGGAAUUGGCCUGCCGUCGGAGAAAUAUGGGUACAAGUUCAGGAGACAACCGUAUAGCCUGCCGGUCCUGCUCCGCGGCCACCUCCACUGGAUGGCAGCCAUUGAAGGCUACGACUACGAGAUGUUGGCGUUCAACACGACGACUGAAAAGUUCACGGUUAUGUGCCCUCCUGUGGUUCGGUGGCACAUGUCGCUAGCUGAGGUGGGCAACGAGCUCGCGUUGUUGAGCUGCGGCCACCAGGUCCCGAUGCUCGAGCUCUGGAUUCUGAAGGAUUACGAGAACAAGAGCUGGGUCUGCACGCACUGGAUUCGGCUGCCGGAGUUGAAGAUGAGCACCUUCGCGUUCGAUGACUUCUCGCGAAUGAUUUUCGUGUCAGAAAAGGGAGUUCUGAUAGCCACCCCGGAGCAGAAGCUGUUGCGCUAUGACCUGAAUGGGACUCUGCUGGAAAGCUUCCCUUGCAAUAAUGGCAGCCAUCUCAAGAUUACUCCGUACACCUUCAAGGAGAGCCUCGUUCGGCAUGCAUUCUUUGAGACACCGGAUUGCAAUGCCGAUGGUCAUGAAGAUGAAGAUGAACCAGAACCACCACCUUUCUUCCUGGGGCUGUAGACCCGGACCCGGUGGUGAUGGAUCUCAUGGGAACCCUUGGUUGGAGUUGAUCAGCGGUUCAUGCUUCAGAUCGGUAUUACAGCCUCGGUAGAUGAACUGAGAGUAAGCUACAUUUUUCUUUUGUCUCUCUUUUAUACCCAUCAUUCCAUCAAUAAUGUCACUAUGUUUGUCUCCUUGAUGGGAUGCGGGCCAUGCGGCAUUGUGCAAACUGACUCCCAUCUCUCAUUAGUUCGAUGUUCUGAAACUAUUUCUGUUGCAGUUUUGAGUACUCCUGAACAAUUGUUACUGUAAAUGGCUGAGUUCGUGCUUCUUGCAAUAAUGCAAUACCAUACAUGAAAACUGUCAUCU